AUGCUCCAGAGGCAGAUGCCCUCCUGGGUCUUCCACUACCUGCCAGACCCAUGCCAAGCAGAAGAUGGCAGGCCUUCAGCCACCUGCGCCUUGGAGAGGGGGCUGUCUCCUUGCCAUCUGCUGACAGUGAGGGUCAUCCGGAUGAAAAACGUCCGACAGGCUGAUGUCGUGAGCCAGACAGACUGCUUUGUGAGCCUCUGGCUGCCCACCGCCUCUCAUGAGAGGCUGAGGACUAGGACCAUCUCCAACUGUCCAAACCCAGAGUGGAAUGAAUCCUUCAACUUCCAGAUCCAGAGCCAAGUGAAGAAUGUGCUAGAGCUGAGCGUCUGUGAUGAAGACACAGUGACACCAGAUGACCAUCUCUUGACAGUUCUCUAUGACCUCACCAAGCUCUGCUUCCGAAAGAAAACCCACGUGAAGUUCCCACUCAAUCCAGAGGGCAUGGAGGAGCUGGAGGUGGAGUUCCUGCUGGAGGAGAGCCCCUCUCCACCUGAGACCCUCAUCACCAAUGGUGUACUGGUGGCUCGACAAGUCUCCCGCCUGGAGGUUCACACAAAAUCCAGGAGGCGGAGGAAGAGUGGCAAAAAAAAGGACGUCCUGGUAACAGUGACAGAGUCCUUCGAGCACACCCAGCGCAUCUCGCACUGCCUGGAGCCCUGCUGCCCGAACCCUGCCUGCUUCCACUACCCGAAGUACUUCCAGGCCCAGAUUCACGUGGAGGUGCCCAAGAGUCAAUGGAGCUGUAGGCCUUGCUGCUGUGCACCCAAGAAGACCGGCCCUGUCUGCCAGCCCCUCAAUUGCCUCCCCGACGGCCAGGCGGUGACCCUGCCUGUGGGCGACAACUGUGAAUUACACAUGAAGUCUACGCCCUGCCCCCAGACGCUGGACGUGCGGCUGGGCUUCAGCCUAUGCCCGGCAGAGCUGGAGUUUCUGCAGAAGCGGAAGGUGGUGGUGGCUGAGGCGCUGAAGCAGGUGUUGCAGCUGGAGGAAGACCUGCAGGGGGACGAGGUACCGCUGAUAGCCAUCAUGGCCACUGGGGGUGGAACAAGAUCCAUGACCGCCAUGUAUGGCCACCUGCUGGGGCUGCAGAAGCUGAACAUCGUGAACUGUGCCAGCUACAUCACUGGCCUGUCAGGGGCCACCUGGACCAUGGCUACCUUGUACCGUGACCCUGACUGGUCCUCCAAAAACCUGGAGCCUGCCAUCUUUGAGGCACGGAGGCACGCGGUCAAGGACAAGUUGCCCGCCCUGUUCCCAGACCAGCUCUCCAAAUUCCGGGAGGAGCUCCGGCAGCGCAGCCAGGAAGGCUACAAGGUCACCUUUACAGACUUCUGGGGCCUGCUGAUUGAGGCCUGUCUGGGGGACGAGAAAAAUGAAUGCAAACUGUCAGAUCAGCGUGCUGCUUUGUGCCAGGGCCAGAACCCCCUGCCCAUCUACCUCACCAUCAAUGUCAAGGAUGAUGUAAGCAACCAAGAUUUCAGAGAGUGGUGCGAGUUCUCCCCCUACGAGGUGGGCCUGCAGAAGUACGGGGCCUUCAUUCCCACUGAGCUCUUUGGCUCUGAGUUCUUCAUGGGGCGGCUGAUGAAGAGGAUCCCAGAGUCAAGGAUGUGCUUCAUGCUAGGUUUGUGGAGCAGCAUCUUCUCCUUGAACCUGCUCGAUGCCUGGAAUCUGUCCCACAACUCAGAGGAGUUUUUCCACAGGUGGACGAGGGAGAGAGUGCACGACAUCGAAGACGAGCCGCUCCUGCCUGAAAUCCCCAAAUGUGAUGACAACGUCCUGGACACCACGGUGGUGACCCCAGGGUCGUGGCUGUCCAACACUUUCCGCAGUGUUCUCACCCAUCGGCCCUUCGUGUCUGAGUUCCACAACUUCCUGCAGGGGCUGCAGCUGCACACCGACUACCUCCAAAGCAGAGAGUUCUCCACGUGGAAAGACACCGUGCUGGACGGUUUCCCAAACCAGCUGACAGAGUCUGCGAACCACCUGUGCCUGCUGGACACGGCAUUCUUUGUCAACUCCAGCUACCCGCCCCUCCUCAGGCCUGAGAGAAAAGUUGACCUCAUCAUCCACCUCAACUACUGCGCCGGGUCCCAGACAAAGCCCAUGAAGCAAACCUGUGAGUACUGCACCACGCAGAACAUCCCCUUCCCCAAGUACGAGCUACAGGAGGAGGAGGAAGAGAAGCUGAAGGAGUGUUACCUGAUGGAGAACCCACAGGAGCCUGACGCCCCCAUUGUGAUUUUUUUCCCACUCAUCAACGACACCUUCCAAAAGUACAAGGCCCCAGGUGUGGAGCGAAGCCCCGAGGAGCUGGAGCAGGGUCGGGUUGACAUUUAUGGCCCCAAAACUCCCUACGCCACCAAGGAGCUGACAUACACGGAGGCCGCCUUCGACAAGAUGGUGAAGCUCUCCGAGUACAACAUCCUGAAUAAUAAAGACAAGCUCCUUCAGGCCUUGCGGCUGGCAGUGGAGAAGAAGAAACGCCUGAAGGGCCAGUGUCCCUCCUAAGUCCCAAGGAGCCUCCCCGAUCCUGUGUCUGCUUCCACCAUCAGACUCAAACCCAUUGGGGCUGGCGGACCGCACAGCAGGCUCCGCACUCUGGCAAGGGGUGCAGGCUGGCCCAGGCUUUCUGUCAAAAUCUAAAAAUUAAAAAAAGUUGAGGGAGACAGAGAGAGAGAGAAAGAGACAAAG